UCAAGAUCAACAAUGUCGAGUCCAAAGUUCUACCGGCAACUGAGUAGCGAGAGGCACUAUAAACUAAAGUCGGCCACAGAUAAGAGAGCCCAGAAAACUUUUGACUCUCAGUUGGCCUAAAGUGACAGACAGUGGGAGUGCAACGGAAGGCUUGCUGAAGAUGUUUCUCAGAAAGACGUGCCAAGGUGUUCUGCAAUAUGGAAAAGGUUGCCUCAAGCUGCAGACAUUUAAACACAGCACAGCAGUGCCACCUAGAGUUCAGAAUUCUAGUGCCAAACGCUAUAUCGGUAAAGCAAGACUUUCGUCCGUAACACCUUCUCUAUCACUUCUGUCAAGGAACAUAGUAACAACUAGCAAAUGUGCUCAAGUAGAUGCAGCAGAGAAAAGAAAUGUGACAUUUGAGAAAAUAACAAGUUUCAGUGCACCCUACAGUCACCUUAAGAUAAAGGUAGCCGGACAGUCACUCCAGUUGUACUACGUCUGGCUGCGGGACCACUGCCAGUGCAAACAGUGCAUAGACCAGAAGACAUUCCAGAAGAAUAUCGUGACCAAUGACAUACCUCUAGACAUUCAGCCAAAGGAAGUCAACAUUGAGGGCGAUGAUUUGGUGAUUGAAUGGCCCGAUGGUCACGUGACCACGUACUCUCUAAACUGGCUCCUGGAGAAUGCCUACCCUGGGAAACCAGACAUACUGCAGGUGCCCAAGGUGCUGUGGAAUGCAGAGACCAUCAAGAGCCAGAGCCCCACCCCAGUGCCCUACCAGGAAUACAUGGACACUGAUGGGGGACUGAGGAACAUGUUGAAGGAUCUUCUGACCUAUGGGUUUGGACUUGUCUCUGAGGUCCCAGCCAAUACUGACGCCACAGAAAAAGUGGCGAGACGCGUGGCGUUUGUGAAGGAGACCUUGUAUGGUGGUAUGUGGUAUACGCGGGCAACAGGAGAGUACAAAGAUUACAAAGACAGCUCCUUCAGCAAUGUGGGACUGGGGUCUCAUAUAGAUACUUGUUACUUUAAUGAACCAAGUGGCAUUCAGGUGUUCCACUGCCUUCAAGAGGCCCCACAAGGGGGCGAGUCUGUCCUAGUGGAUGGUUUCCACGUGGCGAUGCAAGUUCAAAAGCAGAAUCCAGAUGCGUUUGACUACCUGGUCCGUACCCCUAUCCCUCAUUACUGUCUGGACGAUCAGUAUCACCUUCGCAGUGUGGACACUACAUUCAGACUUGACCCUUGUACCGGGGAUUUAGUGCAGUUCAGAUACAACAACUACGACAGAGGAAUUAUAAACACCAUCCCAGCGGAUGAGAUACCAAGGUUCUACUGCGCCAUGAAACUUCUCUCACAGGAAGUGAUGUCACCAGAUAACGAGUACUGGUUCAAGCUCAGUCCCGGAACAGUAAUAUUUAUCGACAACUGGCGGACAAUGCACGGGCGCGCAGAGUUUGCUGGCGAGAGGAUACUUUGUGGCUGCUAUUUGCCGCGAGAUGAUUGGUUGAGCAAGGCAAGGUAUCUUGGUCUCGCGAAAUAAGUCUUUGAUUCUGUUACAAAGAAUGUUUUGUAUUUCAAGUUGAUUUUAAAUCUUGAUGAAAUUGUUUAUUUCCAGUAUUACCUUUCACUUGUCUCCUUUAAUUGGAAUAUAUAUAUCUUCAUGAACUUGAUCUUAAUUACCUUUUGGUUGACAUUUUAUUAUUGAAUAAGUGAUAGAGGAGAGGGUGUAUUAUGGCACAAGCAUGUACUUUGACUUUUCCAAUUGGUGUAGGUGCCUUAUUUUUUUACCCACUGAAACUCCUUUAAUAUUGCUAGAUAUAUUUAAAAGUUGUUCAUUUGUUUUUAUGAUUGUGUUAACUUUAUUGUUUCGUCUUAUGAAUGUAGUAUGAUUCACCAAAGAAUGUAACCAAAGGUUAAGAAACAUUGAAACUCCUUUAAUAUUGCUAAUCUAACAUAUUUUGAGAAGUUAUUUAUUUGUUUUAAUGAUUGUGUUAUUUUCAUUAUUUCUGUCUUAUGAUUUAGUAUGAUUCACCAAAGAAUGAAUCAAAAGAAUUUUUAUGACAUAUAGUGUUUCUAAAUGCAUUUAAUUGAUUGUAAUAUCUUUAAUUUUAUUGAUUUCUACAUUUAUUUUAACAUAAUGUUUUGAGAUUUUAAUGGUUUAUUUUGCAACAUUUAAAGUUGAUAGUCAAAACUUUUAAGUAUAUCCAUGCUCUCAGGCCAUUUUAAUAUGUGAUUUAUGUUAAUUGAAAAAAAAAAUAUACACACACACAGUACACUAAGUUUACCUAUGACUUUUAUCAGAUACACAGUGACACUUACAUUUAACAUUUAAUUUGUUAGUCUAAGAUGAGGUUUUCUCUGGUUUGUCAUAAAAGAGUAAUUUUUGAGUGUGAAGAAAAAUGGAAUGUUUUGUUGGCUAUGCAUUUGCUACCCACCCAAUAAAGCAAUGAAAGAGGUGCAAGUUACAUAUAUGAAUA